AUGACACACGAUUUCACUCCGCCAUGCGAUGAUGCGGACCAACCCGAUGCAGCGACAGUUUUACAGCGAGAGUUGGAGGAGCAGAUUACCCUGGUCUCGACAAGCUCUCAGACAUGGACUGAUCUUUCGACCGAGAUCAUGAGCGAAGAUCCGAAGGACGAGGCCCGUGGUAAGCCCAAUUCUCACGGCCUCGAUAGCCAAGAAACUCUUUUGGCCAGUUCUGUUGAGUCGAAGACCAAACAAGAGUCCUGGAUCGACCUCCUAUGGAAUAAGGCUGGCAACAAUGGCCCACAUGCUAUCAGCGAUACUUGGAAGCCCUCCUUCGUGAGGACGGGUCCCCUUCUUGGCUUGAUUGCCCUUUCGUUCAUCGUUCUCAGCAUUCCGGCGUCUGCGAUCGUGCUAGCUGUAUCUCACGGACAAGCUGUCGAGAACUGGAUAGUCCAACCAAGUGUCUACAUUUCGGUACUCAUUGGAAUCGGGAACAAGGCGCUAGGGUUUGCCGCUGUACAGGGUGCCAUCAUCACCUGGUGGGUGCGGGCACUUAAGGGCACAACGCUGCAGCAGCUUCACUAUGACUGGCCUGCAGGAAAUGCUGGCAUCACGAGCCUUAGGAGAAAGCACGUCUCGCGGCUCUCGGUCACUUCAGUCUGCGCCUUUGUCAUUUUGGCCGACGGCAUACUGCUUCAAAGUGCUACUGGUACCGUGGAAGCCCGCCUAGACAAGCCUGUAUCGUUGCGAGCCAGAGUGUCUCCCGAGAUACCGACCAAUUACACUGCUACUGGAUCGCUCCUCGGAGUCAAUAAUACAUACCUCAAUGCAGAGAUCUCAUCACAAAUCAAGCCCGUUUGGGAUGAUUGGAUCAACGGACGAGCAAUACCAUCGCCUUUGUCCGGCUGCCAAGGUGUAUGUACAGCUACAAUCACAGCUGCAGCGGUUGCCCAAGUCGAGUGUCACGAUGAGCCAAAUCAAACCAUGAACUACACAGCGAUCAGGACAUCGAACAGAACAAGCCUUCCUUUUAGCUGCCAAAGGCAAGGCACGCAAAAUCGCUGUGCACUCUUCGAGAUUCAUGUCCAGCCAUCGUCAAAAUCCGGUGUCUUCGAGACCAUCGACGUGAGCUUUGGCAGAUUUGUGGUCUCCUCGAGUGAGAUGGCCCAGGACUGCGCGGGUGACUACACAUACAAGACUUGCUCUUUCAGGUCUGCUGUUGCAGAGUACAACGUGACGACGUAUAACGAUACCUACGUUGUUCUCAACUCGCCUCUGCCCAAUGUCAUCGGUCUGGCCAAUAACACUGCUCGCGAGACAUACAGUCUCAACCAAGUCAUCGGCGCUACGAUCGGUGGUGUCGGCCUGCUCGCCUCCAUGGACGUAUAUACCUACAUCACUAUGUGGUCGCCCGGCGAGAAAUACCAGUACACCGAUAACGUCGACACGUUUCAAGCCAAGCUGAUGGACAAUGCAUUCCGUUUCUAUGCUGGCGACGACUGCGCUCCGUCUUGGAACAAUCCCAUGUCUGAUAUCACAGCGACUCUGAAUGACGUGAUGUUUCGGACUGCGGUCCAUGCUGCAUCAGAGCUACCUGAAGCCGAGCUGCUGGAUCUGAUCGACCCUGGGCUCGAGGUAGAUCAAGAAGUUCAAGGUCUCCGAGUUGACGCCCAACCGAUUUUCAAGACCCGUUGGCCAUUUUUCUGGGCUGCUGCAAGUGUACAGCUUGUGUGCGUGCUUUUGGUUCUCGUCACGUACUGGGACUACUGGAAGCUUGGCCGCAGCGUGAGCUUGAGUCCUCUCGAGAUCGCCAAAGCUUUUGACGCUCCUUUGCUGCGCGAUUUGCCCUCCAACACCGAGCCAAGCGUACUUGCAAAGGCCAUUGGGAAUGAGGAGACCAAAUAUGGUGCUGUUCAAGGAGCUGUCAAUAGCGGGAUUUUAGAGUCGCCAUCUUACAGGCUGGUUUUUGCUUCCCCGAAUCUGAUCAAGCCUCCGGGGGGACGUAUUCUUGCUUGA